UUGAGAGUAAAUGACUAGCAUAUUGGUGUACAUUUCACCAAGAGUACAUUGUAAGGAACAGUUCUGUGAGUAAAUACAGAUUAGUAAUAUCUUUAGCCAUAUUAUUGACAGCUCUGUUAGCUGGUUCAUAUAUAAAUACAAGCUACUUUCUUUCUUUGCCAUACCGGAACGGAGACUGAAGAAGGCACAAAUAUAUAGUCCAACGUGGAUUUGAAUGAUACUGAAAACGCUUCCGUUGUUGUGAGACUUUUCAUUUGUGAUAACUGAUGCUGGAUUUACUUUCAAAAUAUUUUUAUCAUAUCUAAGUAUUUACAGAAGAAGAUUUUAAGAUUUAAUUUGGAUUAUUAUAUGUAACAAAUUAGUUGAGAAAAGUCAAUAGGCACAAACAUUGAACAAUCUGUUCUCCUGAGAAAAUUGACGACGAUGGAAGACGGUAAGGCAACAAGUGUAAGCUUAGAAACAUUGGAAGUAGAGGAAGCUGAUGAUUCGAAAAAUAAUUCCACGGAAAAUCUAGACAACAGCUGUUUAGGCAAAGCUAGACGUAUACUUAGAACUGUUUACAAAGGGGCGAGAUCUCUUGUAGGUUUAGCGGUUAUAUUGAUAGUAUACGCACUGCUAGGUGCGCUUGUUUUUAUGCUGAUUGAAUCGAGACAUGAACAGAAAUACAAAUCUAACAUUACAAAUAUAAGAGAAAACAUGAUUGAAGGACUGCUGUUAAAAUCUACUGGCGUCGUUGAUAAAGUCACGUGGAAAACGGAGACGAAAGCUUUGUUAUUAGAAUAUGAAAGUUCCAUACGCGAGGCCAUAAACAACGAUGUACCAACGGACUCAACGGAAGAAGUGUGGACCAUGUGGAGCAGUUUGUUCUUCGUAUUUACAGUUUUUACUACUAUCGGUUAUGGUAAUUUGGCACCAGUGACGGGACUGGGUCGUGUUUUGUGUAUUGUUUACGCUGGCAUAGGUAUACCACUUGCCUUACUCCUUUUAGCAGAAUUAGGAAGACGGUUCACAGUGGUUCUAAAAUUUCUUUGGGCUUAUGGGAGGAGAUAUUACAACUACGGAUAUUGCAGAAAAGUUCGAGAAAGAAACCCUUUCCAGAAAAAGUACGAACUUAAUGAAGAGCAACAGCAACAGGGUGACGAAGAAACAAAAAGUGAAGACGGAAAAUCUGAAGAUAGAAGCAGAAGUGGUUCAAGAAUUAUAUAUGGAUACGAAGUAGACGACGCUUUUAAUGUACCCAUAACUAUAGCGAUACUUAUUUUGUUUGUUUAUAUCCUACUUGGUGCGCUGAUGUACUCAAUUUGGGAGGACUGGGACUUUAUCGAAGCGAUUUACUUCGUAUUCGUUUCUCUUUCAACAAUAGGUUUUGGAGACAUUCUGCCGGCUCAUCAAAAGUUUUUCGUUGUCUCGUCUAUCUACAUGUUUAUUGGUUUGUCUCUUGUUUCUAUGUGUAUAAACGUAGCAAUUGAAUUCUUUAAUGUCGCUGCAGUUAGGGCUAAACGAAAAGUUGGAGAAGCUAAAAAGAAAAUUGGCGACAAAGCUAAACAAGCACACAGGACUGCAAAAGAAAAGGUUGCAGAUAUCAAAACAAAUAUUGCAGAUGAAACAACGAAAUUCAAACAGAAAACAGAUGACAAAGUUAAAAAACUAAAGACAAAUAUUGCUGAUGAAACAUCAAAACUACGACAUAAAACGGAUGAGAAAAUUUCAGGGAUUAAGUCAAAUAUUAGUGAAGAAACUACCAAGUUUCGUAAAAAGGCAGAUGAUAAAUUCAGAAAGAAAAACAAAGACCGAGCAGAUUCAAGUCCAUCGAUAGGACAUCCAAUGCAACAAACAGAUGAUACUUAUGAUGAAAUAGGAACUGUAAAGUCCGAAACUGAAAUAGAUAAAUUAUAAUUAUUUAAGCGGUUUUCUCGUUUCAAGUUGGUUAUUCCUGUAAAACAUACAUUAAAUUUUCAACAAAUCAAUCAGACAGAGGAAUACCGCAUGAAAGGGCAGGUUCAUUUUCAAAUUUUACUUGGAUACAUGGGUAAAAUUUUCAUAAUGUUUCGUAUACUCCUGUAUCGGUUCAAUUUUGAUCACAAUAUCUUCGAAAAAGAAGCAUGUAUUUGCUCGAUAGAUUCCUUAAGAUAACUUAAAGGGGUAUAUUGUUUUAAAACGACCAAUGUUUGAUAUGAUUUAUUGGUCUUUAGUUCUUAUAUUAUUGGAAACAUAAAAUAUUAGACAGCAGGAAGUAUGAUGCUACUAGUUUUACUUGUAACUGACGCAGUUCUAGUUUUACUUGUAACUGAUGCAGUUUGUUCGGAUCGUCAAGAAAAAGUCAAUGCUUUUUCAAAAACAAUGUUCGUAUUUGGAUCAGAAAAACCGAAUUAUCGCAAAUAACGGGAAAACAGACACGAGCAUAUUUCAUAGUGUUUAGUAAAGUUUUAUAUGUUUUAUUUGGAUCACCAGUGAAAGCUAUUCUUGCGAAAUUAUUUCCUUUGUUAUUUUCUAAAAUGCUAUUUCUAAGGUUACACAGAAACUUUAUUUAAUUUCUAAUAAAACAUCUUCUAUCUAUUUACUAUGACCUAGUUCACUGACUGGCUUGGAUCAAAAUAAUUAUGUAUAAUUCAAAACAAAGAAUAGAAUAGAAUAGGUAUAUUAUGUUUCAUGUCAUUCAUUUUCAUGUUUCUGAUAUAAGAAUUUAGAACUUAUAUGUUUAAGUAAUAUAAUGAAACCCAUAUAGCAAAAACGUGUUUCGUUAGCAAACAUUAUACAUGUUAUUCAAUGUGGUCAUAAUGUAGCCCACAUAGUAUUACAAUGUAUGUGUAUAAGAAACAUUAUGAUAUGUUUACCCAUAUACUAAAAUUUUGAAAUCAAAAUGGCUUGCCUUUUUUGUUUUCUUUUUAAUAAUAUUAAAGUAUAUUUGCCUGCCGUUACAUAACUGAGAAACUCUUGAAGAAAAAACAACAACAAAUAUAUAUAUGUUUUCAUAUACCGGACAUUAUUCAAAGUGUAGAGAGAAAUAUAUAAAAAUGUUUGCUAUUUAAGAUGUAACUGCCGUCUGGUACAACUUGUACAGGUUUCUUGUUAGAAUCAGCCGGCAACGUAAAUGACGUUGUGUCUGGUCUUUCAUGUCUAAAAUCCAGCCAUUUUUAUUUUACCAACUAAUUUACAUUCUUCGUCUAGCCUUUUUUCAAAGUGCUUUUACUUUACACAAAACUACAUGAUACCGCUUUGUCUUGUAUUAAUGAAGGAAUACCUGAAGUUUUAAACAUAAACAUAUGAAUAACAUAUACCUCGUAACUUCAUAUGGUAUUAAGGAAUUGUCGCCGGUAAUAC